AUGGGUCCAACAUUCUACAGCCCGGGUCCACAAUCAGGGGUCCAACAUUCUACAGCCCGGGUCCACAAUCAGGGGUCCAUCAUUCUACAGCCCGGGUCCACAAUCAGGGGUCCAACAUUCUACAGCCCGGGUCCACAAUCAGGGGUCCAACAUUCUACAGCCCGGGUCCACAAUCAGGGGUCCAACAUUCUACACCCCGGGUCCACAAUCAGGGGUCCAACAUUCUACACCCCGGGUCCACAAUCAGGGGUCCAACAUUCUACAGCCCGGGUCCACAAUCAGGGGUCCAACAUUCUACAGCCCGGGUCCACAAUCAGGGGUCCAACAUUCUACAGCCCGGGUCCACAAUCAGGGGUCCAACAUUCUACACCCCGGGUCCACAAUCAGGGGUCCAACAUUCUACAGCCCGGGUCCACAAUCAGGGGUCCAACAUUCUACAGCCCGGGUCCACAAUCAGGGGUCCAACAUUCUACAGCCCGGGUCCACAAUCAGGGGUCCAACAUUCUACAGCCCGGGUCCACAAUCAGGGGUCCAACAUUCUACAGCCCGGGUCCACAAUCAGGGGUCCAACAUUCUACAGCCCAGGUCCACAAUCAGGGGUCCAACAUUCUACAGCCCGGGUCCACAAUCAGGGGUCCAACAUUCUACAGCCCGGGUCCACAAUCAGGGGUCCAACAUUCUACAGCCCGGGUCCACAAUCAGGGGUCCAACAUUCUAAAGCCCGGGUCCACAAUCAGGGGUCCAACAUUCUACAGCCCGGGUCCACAAUCAGGGGUCCAACAUUCUACAGCCCGGGUCCACAAUCAGGGGUCCAACAUUCUACAGCCCGGGUCCACAAUCAGGGGUCCAACAUUCUACAGCCCGGGUCCACAAUCAGGGGUCCAACAUUCUACAGCCCGGGUCCACAAUCAGGGGUCCAACAUUCUACAGCCCGGGUCCACAAUCAGGGGUCCAACAUUCUACAGCCCGGGUCCACAAUCAGGGGUCCAACAUUCUACAGCCCGGGUCCACAAUCAGGGGUCCAACAUUCUACAGCCCGGGUCCACAAUCAGGGGUCCAACAUUCUACAGCCCGGGUCCACAAUCAGGGGUCGCGACUGAAGGGGUCGCGACCGAAGUAGAGAGCUACCGGUAA